AUGGACUCAGACAUGCGAUACCCUGAUAAUAUCAUAUCCUAUGAUGACGAUACCGAGACAUGCGAAGAAACGAGCCCGAGACACAGUCUCCAUCCUGCAGUAUACUCCUCGUUCCGACAGUCACAGGUGCACGUAAUACCACGGAUCCACCAAACCGCAGGCGGCGUUGGAGUACAGAAUUGGUGGACAACAAGCGGGACAGUUGUCUUGCUGCCAACUGAUGCAAGCUCGUUAUCCGUGCAGAGUCUAAGCAGCAUCGCAAGCGUGGCAGCUGUAUCAGGUCUGAACUCGGAGAGCACAGGUGUUGAAUAUUUGAGCGCUCAACCGACGACCACGACGAUUUUCUCUGGCUCAGAUCCAAUCGCAACCGCAAGACUCGCACCUGACGUUGUCACACUCUCUGAUGGGGGUAUCGUGACAAGCACACUGUUGUCUACAAUUAACCCUGCUGAAAAUGGGACAUAUUCAAUCUACGCGGUGAAAGAAACAUUUCAAUCGACGACUGCGACCAUUACCACUAGCGCUUAUAUUGGGACUUCAGAUGGACGUUUAGGCAAGAGCACCGAAGUGCCCGUAUCGACGCUCAUCAGCGGUACCCUCACCACCACCUUCUUCACCGAAUCACCGCUCCCCUCCUCUGAUUCCUCUACGACACCCCCAAGGAAUGGUACCUACGUCCCUUAUACGUUCACUAGUGGCACUUCCCUUAUCGCUACCUCCUCCUUUUCCCUGCUCGCCGCCAGCUCUUCGCCCAGCGCCGUCGGGUCGUACAGCUCUGGCCCAGGCACUGUGCCUGUCUGCGCGGGCCAAGGCGUUGACAAUGCGACUGUCGGAGUGCUUGCUUCGCUUGCCCUCUGCGCACUGCUCGGCCUACUUCUCUGGGGUGCAUUCGCUUUGAUCCGUCCCCAUUUCCCCCAAAUAUACGCCGUACGCUCCUGGUUCCCUCCCACAGCAUCCCGACCUCCACCGUUGCGAGACUCUCUCUUCUCCUUUCUCAACCCUCCCGUACCCCUCGUCCCGGACGUGCGUAGCGCUGUCAACACCCCCACGGCGGACACAUUCCCCUCGGACGAACAGCUCGCCCAACGCGUCCUCUUCGUUGCUUUGCGCAUCGUUCUCGGAUGGAGCGUCCUCGGGAUAGCAGGAUGCAUCCCCCUCUAUACGGUUAAUACGCCCUGCUUAGGUGAGACGGGGGUGAUGAGCUUCUACGGUGGGAGACUGAGCACGCUGACGGAUUUGAGCGUGGUGAGAUUGUUGGAGUUGCUGGAUGCGGACGAGGCAGGGAGUGCUGAGAAGUAUCCUCCCUCUUCGUCUCUCUCGUCUCGUACUCUGCACACUCUACGACCGCGCGACAUCCCUGGAAGUACGACCUCCAACGUCCGCACGCGUCUCAUUAUCCUUGCCGUUAUAGUCCUCGUCCUCGCCGUGUUCCCCGCAUUAUGGCAUUUGAUCAGGGAACAUCGCAAGCUCACUCGUCUCAGACAAGCAUUCGUGCAAGUCAGGUGUGGAGGGUUGGAGAUGGGCUGGCUUGCAGUGGGCAGAGCGCCUGGGUUGAGAGGGUUGGGUGAGGGGAGGGUCAAGGCGACACUGGAGAGGGCAGGAGUACGGGAGGAGGAAAGGAAGCGGGGUCUGCAUUCUGGUGUUCCAACGACUGCAGAGGUUGGAGCGAGAGUCGCAGAGUCAACCGCCGCUGAAAGGGGCAUAGCGCAAGGAGACAGGCCACAGAAAAAGGUCGACGUCUCCGGCGUGUUCACCGUUGUCGACACUGCGCACCUGCGUGGGCUUAUCAAGCAAAGAGAUCAUGUGCUCAGGCAACUGGAAGAGGCAGAGACGCGAUACAUAUAUUCUUUUCGGCUCGAGGAGGCGCCUGCUCCAAUACGUCGCUCAACGACACCUCAGGAUGCUGAGAGGGGCGCGUUGGUCGGGGCUCCCCCGAGGAGAAGGCUGAGCAAGCGCCAAUCCGUGCGCAGUCAUGUUUCCACACGCCCAAGCUCAGAAGUCGUGCAAGAGCCAAGAGCCCAGCUCAUCUCUCCCUCUCCGCCUUCGGACUUCCUCGCGCCCUCUGCCUUCUACAAGAUCACAUCGGCUCCACAUUCGCCCACCUCGAGCUCCCCUGACGAGGAGUGGAACUUGAACCGCCAAGUUACAGGAAGCAGGUUCCGUGAGCUGUUAGCCCAUCAUGGGCCUGGGCCUUUCGCCAUUGGAGAAAAGAUACGUAUAGGAGACAAAGGACAGCUCAGGGCUGUCACUCCGAGUCUCGAGGCUGUGGAAGUGGACACUAGCAAGGGGCCGAAUUACCCCAGCGGGCAAAACGGACAGGAACCAUGGGAGGACCGAGGAAAUGGUAUGCAGGCCGUGGCGGAGGAAGAAGAGGGUGAAGGGGAAAGGAAGCCGCAGAACGCAGAGAGCAGCACACAGCGCCAUCCCAUUGUGCUUCGCGGUGGUACACCAGAUACACCUGCUACGGGCCUAUUCUCGCGUAUAAGACGCCGUUUUCCACAACUUGGCCAUCAGAGGAACAGCAGCAGGACCGACCAGGCGGUGACGAGCGCUCAAGGUGCUAGGGGUAGCACGUUCCACCCACGUCAAGCAGGCACGAGUAGGAUGGAGGAGAAGGCGCUCCUGGUACCCAUCAUAGCUAAGCCAGAGGACUACACGCAACACCUCUCUUUAGGGGCCGAGGGCGUCGAAGAUGCUCCCCUCCCCGAAUAUGCCCAUCAGCCUCACCUGUGGAUCCUCCCUCAUGCAAAUCUGGCCGGCAUCUACGCCGAUAUCAAGAGUGCCCGUUCGGAGCUGAAGCGACUCAAUACACAGAUCGAGGAGGCGCAGGGGGAGGCAUUCAAGGACAUCGCAAAGGGCCAGAGUGUCAAAGGGUGGAUCCUGUUGGGAAGGGGAAUCAGAUGGUUGCAUGGUGUACAGAUGAUUGAAGGGAGGAGCAAGGAGGAUGUGCGAUGGGACGAGCUGCAGGCCAAGGGUACAGGAAUAGGUCGACGAGUUGCUUACUGGACAGCUGUCAUCACGGUUGCGUUUCUGCUCGGCGUCACCAUUGUUCCUGUGUCGGGUCUCGCAUUAAGCGAUGCGCCUGACUUCGCACACAACUUGCCUUUCCUGAACGACCUAACGGCAGAUUCGUUAGGUCCAGCACUUGCCAUCACACUCGCACCCGCACUGGCCGCUACGCUGUUCGUCUUCAUAGCCGUGGCAGUGGUAACGUUCUUAUCUCGCUUCAGCGGCUCCCCGUCCUCUUUCGGCACCCAAUUCAUUACAUUCCGGGCUACCUUCUUUAUCCUCACCAUCAUUGCCGGAAUUUGGCUCGUUACAGUAUCGGCACUCUUGCUCGGACUCGAAGCAUUCAAACUGGCCUGGAAUCAGGCCGGAUCCGUGGCUGAUGGAUCUAUCUACAUUGCAGUGCUGGCACUCACUAUCAUCCUUAAUCUCGCGUGUAUUGCCCCUGCGUUGCUGCUCAUAAACAUCCCGAGACUCUGGAAAGUGAGGAGAGGAGAAAGGAAGGCAGUCACACCUCGACAGCGGUUUCGUGCAAUGUACCCCCACUUUUACAAUUACGCCCACGCCACAAGCUUUUGCGUUGUUGGCAUAAUAAUCGCCGCUACGUUUACGCUUCUCUUUCCUCUAAUCGGUCCCGCUAUCGUACUUCUACUCCUGCUUUCCUGCGUCGCACAUCGCUUCCUCAUUGGCUACGUAUACCAACGAGGUGGACAAACCGGUGGCUUAUUACAGAUGUGGAUGCUCCGCCGAUUCAUGAAUCUGUUGGGACUGCAACCCGUCCUGCUUGGUCUUCUCCUAUUUAGCCGCCAAGAAUGGGCAAUUGGCGCAGUUUUGAUCGGAGUAGGUCUUGGAUUGGUUCUUCUCGUCGAGUUCCACACGGUGUGUAAUGAGUGGAAGAUUGACCGCACGGACGAUCUCGACCAGGAAUCUCUCCGGGCGCUUGCUUCGUUUCAUACUGCCAUAUCUGAUCGCCGAGAGGCAAGUGAAGAAGUACACCUCGUUCCGGUUUGUGCACCGCAGAGCUCCGUUCUUCCUGAGGUGGCUCGGCCCAGACGUGGUUCCAUUGCCUCUAUUCUCGACAUGAUGGCAGUUACUCUGCCAGUCAUGCCGUCCAGCCGUCGUUCACAGGAAAUACCCCUGGCAACAGAGCAUAUCGACGAUCUUGUAUCCACAGUUAGGGCUGCCCACACGCACCCAAACGCGACAGAGGUUCCCGACAACGAGCCAGGCGAGAAAAUCUUCGAAGACCCAGCGGAAGAGACUGCUGGUUUGCUUUAUUCCCCGGAAUUAUUGGCACCCGUACCGAUUAUUUGGCUUCCCGAUGAUGGAGAAGCAGGUGUUGCCCGCGCAGAAGCAUACGAUUUGCAGCAAUACCAUGGACUUCUGACUAUUCUUGAUGAUCCACCACGACAGACACGGACGUAA